AUGCCUGACCAAGCCCAGAUUGCCCAACCCGCGAGACCCGACCCGGCCAGCUUGCUGAAGCGAGUCAAAGGUUCGACACGGAAGGUGACUCCGACCCGCAGCUGGUAUCGAAGAUGCUUUUCGGGAUGUGUCAAGGCUGAGAAAGAUGAUGAGUUGACUGAACAGCUUCCAUCGGCACAGAUCCGAGAUUUCCACUUAGGAGAUAGUCCAAGCAGUCACAGCAGCCGACGCAGCAAGUUGGCAGGCAAUCUGUCACGGUCAGGUUCGCCAGCUCAGGGCAAGUCUCCACAGACAUCUCGAGUGGGUGAGUACUUGAACGAGUUGCCGUUCGAGGCCCGACCUACCACCAGUUUUUCGAAAUGGUUUGAGAAAUCGCAGUCGGCGGACAACCAAAUCGCUAUUUCAACAAGCGAAAUUUCGCUCUCGUCGACUCUGUCGGGCAGCGGACUCGUGAACGAGUGGCAGCAACCUCUGUUGCUUGCGGGUAGCAGUGGUGUGCAUCCAAAUAUGACCCGUCAGAAUCAACCUGGCCAUGUUACAACUAUUGAUACUCCGGAUGAUUUCAAUCGAUUUACCUCUGACUUGCGCGGUCGGACCGAGCUGGAGUCGCAUUCUGUGUCGGUGGAAACAAACAAAGCACGACAUCAUCGAGGGCAGUCCCAUGCAGCUAUCUCCGUUAAAUCGACAGAAGCCGCAGCCGAACUCACUGCUCAUCCUCUCAUCGACUCUACCCCAAUACCUGUCACCACCACAUCUGUUGGGCCAUCCGGCCGGGGAGGUGCGGGACAGUUCAAAGCGUAUCCUGGCGAGAUCAAGCCAGGGAAUGAUAAACCAGAUGGCCUUACAGACCCUCAGCCCCCUCGAUAUUCGUGGCCCCUGGUGGACUUUGACGAAGAGUUGUUUCUCAACUCCAACCCUGCCCAAGUGGGCCUGGUGGCUCCUCGACGUCGGCACCCGAAAUAUCAAGAACCACGAAUUCCUUCGAUGGAAUUUAGUAACAAUGGACUCGUGGAAGAAGUCACGGCGAUGCUGGGCAGCCUGGACGAUACAGAGAAGCAGCGGAGACAAGCAGAUUAUCACGAGCGGCGGCGACAGCGGCGUGCCCUCGUCCACUCGCCAGUCUCGCCUAUCGUUGAUCAUGGGAACGGGAGGGGCAUCCACGAGAUGGAAGCGUCCACCACUACCACCACUGCACGUCCACAGCAAGGGAGUGUAUCUCACCAGCAGAUGCGCAGCGCUACCCUAAGUCCCGUCUCGCCAAUCCAGUCUGCGGACGGCCAUCGCCAGCGAGUAGUCAGCCAUCAAGAAUACAACUGGCCUCGAUUUAGCGAUGUCCAGGAGUAUCAGGACCCGGCGGACGCAUAUAGUCGUCAAUACCGCGACCGCAGACGACAGAUGCAGCGAAGCAAACAACUAGACGUUCGCACAAUGAAGGAAGAGCAGAUUCGUUGA